AUGGAUAGUAAGAAUAUGCUUUUAACGAAAGGCGACGCGUUUGGGAGGAGCGCGGGCGCGGGGAUGAUUGGCGGAACGGGCCAUUUUCCCCAGCACUGGGUGCAGGAUGCUAUCGACGUCCACUGGCUGCCAGAGCCCCCUCUCAGAUCGCUCCUUGACUCAGCCUCCGUCGCGCUCGCAGCGCUACGAGUGAGCAGCGCUGAGCUGGCGCACUGCAGUGCCGCCCUGGCAGCAAUGCUGGGCCGCCCGGCUCGCGCCGUGGAGGGGCGAGUGCUGGAGGAUUUCAUAGCCCGGGAUGACGUGGCUGCCUUCCAGGCAUGGUUCUCGACAGUCUCUGAUGCCGUCCUACGUGGCGCGUCCAUGUCAGCGCCAGCAUGGCAGCGGCAGCGCCAGCACGACCUGCGGCUGCUGCUGCCGGGCGGCAAGCUGCGUCCUGUGCGGAUCACGGUGGACGCCGCCCCUCCGGCUUCCAGCAGUGGAGGAGGGGGGAUAGGGGGAGCAGGGGGAGGUGCUGCUGCUGCUGCUGCUGCUAAUGCUGGUACUGGGGAUCAUGUGUCAAUGAUUAUGGCUUUGAUUUGCGACCUGCCAGCUGCUAGCACUGCUAAGGCCACCUUUCAUCUCUGUCCUCCUCCUCUCAAACAAGUUCCUCUGCCUGCCACCUGCCACCCGCCAGCUUCUCCUUAUGCCCGUGCUUCUCCCACCACACCCUUCCGCCGCUCAUCGCUCCCCCCCCCCUCCUCGGAUCGCCACCGCUUCAUUCUCGAGCAUCUGCCUGCGGGGGUGGUGCACGUGCUGCCGCAGCAGCAGGGGGGCGGAGCAGGGGGAAUGGGGGGAGCGGGAGGGGGAGUAGGGGGAAGGGGCGGGGAGGUGCUGGUGAAUGCGCACGUGGAGGCGAUUGUGGGGUACUCGCGCGAGCAGCUGGGGAGUGUGGACGACUGGUUCUCGCUGCUCUUCCGGGAGAGAGAGGCCGAGGUGCGCAAGGUGAUGGAUGGAGAUCGCAAGGCAGGGUUCCCCCACCCGCGCACCAUGCGUGUGGUGAGGAGCGACAGGGAGCAGCGGUGGGUGGAGGUGGUGGGGCGCGACUGCAGCUACCUCUCCUCUUCCACCACCGAUGUCGCUUCCAUCGAUACAGCCAAGUGGGCAGCGGAGGGGGGAGGUGGUGGAGAGCUGUGGGUGGUGAGUGACAUCACGGACCGGCUGAUCGUGCAGGAGAAGUUCCGCCUGCUCUUUGACUUCUCCUCGGACGGCUACCUGGUGUUUGACGAGACGGGCAUCACAGAGUGCAACGAGGCGGCAGUGCGCUGCCUGCGCUGCCCCGAUAAGGCCAGCCUGCUGGGCCACCACCCCGCACUCUUCUCGCCGCUGAAGCAGCCGGACGGGCAGCUGUCCAAGGAGAAGGCUAAGGCCAUGGACCGGCGGGCAGAACAGCACGGCAUGCACAAGUUUGAGUGGGUGUACCAACGGUUCGACGGCUCUCUAGUCCCCAUAGAAGUGACUCUGACCUUCCUGGAGGUGCAGCAGCAGCACCCCAUGUACCUGGUGGUGUGGCACGAGGUGGCGGAGAUCAAGCAGCAGGCGGAGGAGCUCAGAGCCGCCAAGGACGCCGCUGAGAAGGCCAGCCAGGCCAAGAGCCAGUUCCUCGCCAAUAUGAGCCAUGAGAUUCGCACGCCUAUGAAUGGUGUGAUCGGAGUGGCAGAGCUGCUACUGGGAACGGACCUGACAGCAGAGCAGCGCUCGUACCUCGAGAUCAUCCGCUCCUCUGGUGACAAUCUGCUGAGAAUCAUAUCUGACGUGCUCGAUCUCUCCAAGAUCGAAUCUAAGAACCUGGCGCUAGAGCACAUCGAGUUCAACAUCCAGCAGCAGGUGACAGAGGCGCUCGCCCUGCUAGAGGUGGUGGCGAAGGACAAGGGGCUGUAUCUGGAGCUGGAGAUCGGUGAAGAGGUGCCGUCCGUGGUGAUGGGCGAUCCAGUGCGGUUGAGACAGGUGCUGCUGAACCUCAUCUCCAACUCCAUCAAGUUCACCGACAAGGGACCUGCGUCUGGCCACUCACGAGGAGAUCAAAGAAGCGUUUCGAGACUUCUCAAAAACAUUUUGUCCCUCUCUCCCCUCUCCUCCCCCUCCCUAUCCCCACCUCCCUUGCCCACUCCCCCACCUCCCCCCCACCCACCCACCUCUCUGACCUCCAGUGGCGGCAUCACAGUGGACCUGCGUCUAGCCACUGAUGAGGAGAUCAAAGAGGUGGGCGUGGGGUCGACGUUCUAUUUCCACGUGCGGGUGGGCGUGGUGAGGCGUGACGCCCAGUCAGCCACGGCAUCAGCGGAGCAGUCGCUCACGAGCGACGUGGAGCCGCUGUGGAAGCACCUACAGGACCUUAGAGUGCUCGUUGCUGAGGUGAGUGGGCGUUGGGGUGCUGGUGGUGGUGCUGUUGGCGGAGGGGUAUUCGUGGUAGAGGACAACAAGGUGAAUCAGAUGGUGGCGACGCGCAUGCUGCACAACCUGGGGCUCAAGUACGAUGUGGUGGAGAAUGGCAAGCUCGCCGUGCGGGCGUGCUCCGAACGCUGCUACGAUGUCGUGCUCAUGGACUGUCACAUGCCGGAGAUGGAUGGGUUUGAAGCCACGCGGAAGAUCCGGGAGAUGGAGGCGGAGAGGCUGCAGGUAUACACAGCAGCCAUGGCUGCCUGUGGCAACGGCUCCCCUUACGGCAGCGCCGCCAGCUGGGUGGCUAACACUAACAGUGAUGCUAGCGAUAGUGAGGCAAGCUCUCCUUCCCAGCCUCGCCGCGCUCACAUGCCGCCACGGCCGCACCGGACGUUUAUCGUCGCGCUUACCGCAUCUGCUCUUAGUGAGGAUAAGGACAGCUGCAUGGCUGCUGGGAUGGAUUACUAUUUAUCGAAGCCGAUCCGGCCGCGGGAGAUUGAGAAGGCGAUUCGGGAGAGCUUGACGCAGGCGAAGAGCCCGACGGGUGAGUUAAAGCCCACGUCGCCGCAGCUGAGGUAUCAGCAGACGAAGAGGCAGCUGUUGUUGCAGCAGCAGGAGCAGCAGCGGCAGCAGGAGCAGCAGAGGCAGCAGGGGGAAAGGCAGGAAAGGCAGCAGGGGAUAGGACGGGGCGGGAGGGGGGCAGGAGGGGAGAGUGAGAGAGAGGGGGAGGAUACAGUUGAGUUUGUUCCAGGGAGGGGUGUGAGUAAGGUGGAGGGGAGGGAUGCUGUGGGAGGAGCGGGAAGUGGGGUGGACAGGAGCGUGAUGAUGGGUGGAAGAGGAGGAGCAGGAGGAGGAGGAGGGGGAGGGGGAGGAGGAGGAGGAGCAACGAUAGGCACAGGCACAGGUGCGGGAGGGGAAGGGGGAGUGGGAGGGGGAGGGGGGCGAGGGGCAGCGGCAGGUGGGAGAGGGGGGAAGAGCCUGGCAGCGUACCCCUCAUUUGGGUCGUGGAACGAUGUGCUGGGGUCGGAGUCGGAAGGCUGUGCCUCUGAUGACUCCUCCCGGGGCCGCCCCCGCCCACGAGGAGGGGGCGCCGCACCCCCUGGCCCCACCGCUGCUAGUGCUGCCGGUGCUGCCAGUGGUGGCAGUGGCUUGGCUGGUGGGAUGGGAGAGGUGGGAGGUAGACGAGGAGGAGCAGGUGGUGGCGUUGCUGCUGCUUCUGCUGCUGCUACUGCUGCUUCUGCUGGCACUGGUAGCCGUGCUGGUGGUGGUGGUGGUGGAGGUGCGUUUGCAGCAUCCCCUCAGGCGCACGCUAGCUUCCCUCGCUCUCGCAGUUCUGCCGCGCCCAGAUCAGCCGAGUCCAUCCCUCUUGAUCCCGGGGCAGGCUUGGCCGGACCUGAGGCUCGGCACCGAGCCAAGUCUCCCCUGGUUCGGGCGAAGUCAGGUGUGGGGCCUGAAAUAGGCAGAAUGAGAAGAGGAGAGGGGGGUGGGAGAGGAGGAGGAGGAGGAGGAGGAGGAGGAGGAGGAGGAGGAGGAGGAGGAGGAGGAGGAGGAGGAGGAGGAGGAGGAGGAGGAGGAGGAGCAGGAGGAGGAGAGAAAGGAAGGAAGUUUCUAGACGCCUUGCCAGCAGCAACGUCAGCAGCUUCCAGGAAGCUGCACGGGCAGGGGGACGAGUGUUUGCCGGCCAGGCAGCCUCCUUCGGCCCUGUCUAUGCGCGCCCGCUCCCGCUCCAUGUCCAUGUCCAUCGCCUAUAUCAACUUCCAUCGCGUGCUCGUUCCCGCUCCCCGCUCCAUGUCCAUCCCCUACAUGAACUUCCAGCGCGUGCUCGUUCCCGCUCCCCGCUCCAUGUCCAUCCCCUACAUGAACUUCCAGCGCGUGCUCGUUCCCGCUCCCCGCUCCAUGUCCAUCCCCUACAUGAACUUCCAGCGCGUGCUCGUUCCCGCUCCCCGCUCCAUGUCCAUCCCCUACAUGAACUUCCAGCGCGUGCUCGUUCCCGCUCCCCGCUCCAUGUCCAUCCCCUACAUGAACUUCCAGCGCGUGCUCGUUCCCGCUCCCCGCUCCAUGUCCAUCCCCUACAUGAACUUCCAGCGCGUGCUCGUUCCCGCUCCCCGCUCCAUGUCCAUCCCCUACAUGAACUUCCAGCGCGUGCUCGUUCCCGCUCCCCGCUCCAUGUCCAUCCCCUACAUGAACUUCCAGCGCGUGCUCGUUCCCGCUCCCCGCUCCAUGUCCAUCCCCUACAUGAACUUCCAGCGCGUGCUCGUUCCCGCUCCCCGCUCCAUGUCCAUCCCCUACAUGAACUUCCAGCGCGUGCUCGUUCCCGCUCCCCGCUCCAUGUCCAUCCCCUACAUGAACUUCCAGCGCGUGCUCGUUCCCGCUCCCCGCUCCAUGUCCAUCCCCUACAUGAACUUCCAGGUGGAGAGUGACGAUGAGGAGGACGAGGAGGGUUUGUUGGGAGGCGGGCCCAACGGAGCAUUUUCACAAGGCUGGCUCGCCGGCAGAUCUGGCAGCGGCUCCUAUGCCUCUGGCCCUUCUGCUUCUGCUUCUGCUGCUCCUAGCACUAACCUUCCCUAUCCCCCUUCCCUUCCACUAUCUACCAACCCCUCCACCAUCUCUCCCCUUCAUCAGGUGGAGAGUGACGACGAGGAGGGCGUGUUGGGAGGGCGCUUUUGA